CGUGGUGCGGCAGCCUGCGCGCGCAGCCCUGCCGACGUAGUUGCCUCGCGGCCCGAGCCGUCGCGCCGCCAACCAACCAAUAGCCCGACCGAACUCGGCAUGAGCGCGCGCCGCCGUAUCCUUAUCGACGCGCAAACGUGAUACACCUCUACGGGUGAUACCCGGACCCUCAACAGUGCCGCACAUUUUUUUUGUGAACAAUUUUUACAGAAACAAUCACUAAAGAAGCCAGAACCCAGAGCGCGGAUCUAAUACAAUUUCCAUUAUCAGUGGCUGAAAUAGCAGAAGCGUACAAUCAUAUGUUACAAGGGUCAUGGCGAUAAUGGACGCAAGGGGGCGGAUACCACAUCUAUAGGCAUGGCAGACUGCAGUAUAGAGAGUGGGGGUUAAAGCAGCGGGCACAAUGUGGGCGCGAGUGUCGCGGGCGCUGCGGCGCGUGGCGCUCCUGCUGCCGCUGGCGUUGACGGCGCUGGGGCUGAUGCUUUUGCCGCGACCCCCGCCCAUCACACCUACUCGCCUGCACUCCGCUCCAGCUCAGUCGUCGCCGCUGCGCGAGGAUACACAUCUCCAGAACGCGUUGAAUGACAUCGCGGAAAGUGAGGAAAAUGGCGCGGAUAUGGACGACGUCUCAGACGUGGCGCACCGGCUGUGGUUCAUGAAGGGUGGCGAGCAGCGGCCGUGGCAGACCGACGCGCACAACACCAAGCUGUUCCCCGAGGAUGCGCCGGGCGAAGACAGGAUGGUCGAACAGCUAAUGUACACCCUACCAAAAGACGAGGAGGUGCCGAUAAAGAAGAUCUUGCUGGCGAACGGUCUGGGCGCUUGGGGCGUGUCGAGCGGCCGCACGGAGUUCCUGCGCAACAAGUGCCCGGUGGACCGCUGCACGCUGUCGGCCGACGCUCGCGACGCGGCCUCCGCUGACGCCAUCCUCUUCAAGGAUCAUCACACGCCUUUUAACGUCAAACGCCCGCUUAACCAGAUCUGGAUCCUGUACUACCUGGAGUGCCCGUACCACACGGCGUCGCUGCGGCCGGGCUCCACGGGCGUGUUCAACUGGACGGCCACGUACCGCCGCGACUCGGACAUCGUCACGCCCUACGAGCGCUGGGUCUACCACGAUCCGCGCAUCACCGAGAACAAGAUGGAGAGGAACUAUGCCGCUAAUAAGACUAAAAAGGUUGCGUGGUUCGUGUCGAACUGCCACGCGCGCAACCGUCGGCUGCAGUACGCGCGGCUGCUGGCCAAGCACAUCGCCGUGGACAUCUACGGCGCGUGCGGCUCGCAACACUGCCCGCGCGCCGACCCCUACUGCCUCGAGAUGCUGGACCGAGACUACAAGUUCUACCUCGCCUUCGAGAACUCCAACUGCCGCGAUUACAUCACUGAAAAGUUAUUUGUCAAUGGAUUGCAGCACGACGUGUUGCCGAUUGUGAUGGGCGCCCGGCCGGCGGAGUACGCGGCCGCAGCGCCGCACAACUCGUACGUGCACGUCGAAGAGUUCGCCUCGCCGCAGGAACUCGCUGCCUAUCUCGACAGACUUGACAAAGAUGAUGCCCUCUAUAACUCCUACUUCAAGUGGAAGGGCACGGGCGAGUUCAUCAACACGUUCUUCUUCUGCCGCGUGUGCGCCAUGCUGCACGCGAGCGAGCGGCGGCAGCGCGUGGCGCAGCGCGGCGACGUGCAGGCGUGGUGGCGCGACGGCGCCUGCACGCGCGGCGAGUGGCGCGCCGCCGCCGUCGCCGCCGCCGCCGCCGCCGCCGAGUACUCCGACACCCAGGACAAGGGCUAGACCGCCACCCGGCUUUAGGGCGACUAUGUUUCGAGAGGCGUGCGAUUGUUUGCGAUGGACCGGUGGCCGUUAAACAUCGGGUUGCCGGAGAAGACGCUCCGAUGUCUGUGCUCGAGCGCUUUAUCUACAUUCGUACGAAGAGAGAGUUCCGGCGGUAUUUCGGAAUGUUAAUAUACUGUUCUGUGAUAUGGUGGCAGAUUUCCGCGCCCCUGGCUCUCUUUGUACGCACAUUGAAAAGUCGCUCGUAUGAAAAUUCAAGGGUAACGCGCAUGUUAAGCCCCCUCCAGACUAUGUGCGUGAAUCGCGGCGCGAUGUCGCGGAGCGAACAUAUCGCGAAGUUGACGUAUGACUCCACACCAAAGAAUAUAAUACUCACUAGGAGGCUCCACACUCGCACACUUCAUGGCGAUUUCGCAGUUUGGUUUGCGGCAAUAUGGCGGAAAAGCAUCAGCUGAUCGAGUUUAACUGUUAGUUAUCUAUGGCAUCAUACGUGAUUUAGCUGAUUUUCCAUUUUGUUUUAUUGUAAAACCGUAAAAUAUAGCUGCUUAAUAUCAUAUAAUUCAUAUUUAUCUUGCCACAGAGGAGCCAAAAUAUUGUGUAAUGUGGAGUCUUGCAAGUUCGCGCUUCGCGUCUCCUUUGACGCGGGCCGAAAUACCGACAAAAAACGGAGAACAAGGCGCGAAGGCGUGAACAAUCUGCGAAAUCGACGCCACACUUGCGUUCGCGGCUUCGCCCGCGAUUCACGCGCAUAGUCUGGAGAGGGCUUUAGGUUUGGAUCGAUUCAAACGUCUAUCCGCAGGCCUCGCUUUGUGCGAUGUAUUUGGUUAGUUUUUCACCAGAUUAGCCAAUUAAGUUUUGCUGGUAUUAAUGUUACUAGGGCGCGGAUGCAGGCAUCAAGUUAUAGUAUGCAUCGCUUACUAAUAUCAUAAACAAAUAUAUUUGUGCUCACACGUCCAUUACUAGUAAUAGUUAUGCUAAGUUACAUAUGUAUGACCUCACUGUUACUCAUAAAUAAGUGUGUAGACCAUAUGAGCUAGACACGCAAAUGUCAUAACAUAAUUGGUCACGCAACAAAUUGGCGCCCACUCUGGGGCCAAAGUCAGAUUUUUCUAACGACACAGACAAUAAAUAAACAAAAUAUUAACAGUGAAAAUAAACGUGUUAAUCUCACUUCACAAUAUAUCCAACGAUAGCCUGUCCAUAUAACACAAAACUAAAUUACCGCAAUAAGUGCAAUACAAUAUUGCACAAAUUACCGUUAAUGAUUUUUACUUGUUUAUUGAGUUUAUUAUUUAUUUGUACUUAAAUAUUAUUAUUAUACUAUUGUUAUAUUUUUGUAGUAUAAGUUUACCUACCAUAUUCUAUGGUGAAGCUACUGAAAUAGCACAAAGUACCUAAGAAAUAGAAAAUUACAACAGCACAAUAUAAUAUGCACUCUAGCGACAUAAAUUGAGUCGCAAUUAGUUUCACUUCUUUAAGAAGGUUUUUUCCUUUAAGCGUUUAUAUUUUUAAUAAAUUGUGCAAGUUACCUACUGUUUUAUUUUAUAAUACCUACAUAAGAUUUGUAGCGAUUGAGGUAUGAUAUAUAUAUAUAUAUUUGUACAGUGAGCUGCGAAAUUGCAUGCAGAAAUUGUGAAUUCAUCGAUAAAGUCGCCAUGCACUUUUACGGCUGAUGGUACAGUCACCUGUAAUAAUACCUAAUUAUGUUACACAACGAAGACCGCAAAAAUAUCUGACUCGAUCUUAUUUGUAGAGCCAUAGAGCGGGUCACGUAUUUUUGCGGCCAUCGAAGAGUAACAUUUUAUUGCAGUGACUGUACCUAGGUACCUAAAAUUGGUUUGUACUGAAAUACCUAUACGAAUUAUCGUUACGAGCUUCAUUUGGAGACAGACAAUUUAAGACUUAGUAAAUGCUAGGGUAGGAAAUAACUAGAAACAUAAGGUAAGUACCUACUUAGUGUACUACCUAGGUACCUAAAUAUGCCCCGAAAUGAUCCUCUAUAGUUUUAUAAUUUACUAAAUUGUCUUAAGUUGCCCUCAAAACUGUAUUGUUUUAGCCUAUUAUUAUAAUAUAUUCAACUUGUACCUAGCACAAAUACGAAUAUGUUAAAUUACCGUACGUAUAUGACGUUAUUUUUUGUGUAAAAGCAAUCAAACUUUGUUGUUAGCGUCAGGCCAACAAGUUUGAAGCAAAUUCAAUAGUACAGACUGUGCAAGUGUUAUUUUAAUCGUCAAUCUAUGAAAUUAUGUUGUUAACCCUUUAGUCCGUAGCGGCAACAUACUUGCCAUCAUAAUUAAAACAAAAACGCAUUUCUACUACAAGAAUUACGGUUCGAAAUCGAAUGACUACAAAGGAAUGUCAAAUGGUUAAAAUAACAUUUGCACAGUAUGUGCUAUCAAAAUCGCUGCAGAGUUAGUUACCUUGAUCUAAGUAUUUUAACGGACUAAAAUGUACAUAAUAUACUACUUAUGUUAUUUCUCUAAAGUUGCGUUAUAUUUGGUAUUAAGGUUUGGUUUUGUGGCCGAGCAAAAAUGCCGGGAUAACGCCAGGAAGAAGGUUUGGUUUUGUAUUAAGUAGAACAUUUUCAUAGCAUGUAAGAGUCUAGAAAAAAAAUAUUUAUAUUAUUUAUCAGGGUAUUAUUUACCUACUUAAUUAUAAUUUAUUACGAUGACAAGGUACCUACUUAAAUUAUCAUUUAUCUAUUUCAUGUUCCAAAUGUGCAAAUGCAUUUACGCGAUUGACUCUUAUUAGGUAUUAUACUUACUACUUACUGUUAUUUUAUGCUAAACUAUUAUUUUUAUAUACCUAAGUAAAGUUAGUUGCUGAUUUCUAUGAUCAUUGGCAUUUAAUGUACAAUUCUACAUUCCAACUAUGUCUGACAAUUGAUGAUGAUGAUAUUGAUGAUGCUCUCCUGACCGAUUUCGGCCACAGCGACUGUGUGCUCUGGAGUAAGCAAUUUUUAACUUGUGUUAUUAGAGUGUAGCUGAUCCAUUGUCUGGUGCACCCUUAGGUGGCUACUGCUAUAUACUUCUGACAAUUACUGCUUUCAGAAGUAUUCAAUAUUACAAUCUGUUAAUAUUUUACUUGAUUAUCCUAGAAAACAAAUAUACUAAAUCCUUGAUUUUGAUAUCAUUAAGUAUAUGUUAUGUAGUUUUGUCAGUUUGGCUCUUAAUGUUUCUACUUGUGUCUGAUAUUUCAUAUGUAGUCAGUAAGUAUUACUACACAACUUCCUCAUACACAUCACAUAAAAGUGCUUGUGUUACAAUAUAAUUAAGUAUGAUAGAUGUGCCUGCCAUUUAAAUAAAAUGUAUAAGCCAAAGAUAUAACUAUGUAUGAAGAACUAUUGUUAUGUUGACUUAGAGUAAGCAUCUAAGGUAUGAAUCUAGUAAGAGAUGCAUUGAUGUGCCUAGUAUGUUUACCAAAAAAAGUCUAUGCAUUUAUCACUUCAAUCUGUAUCAAAACAAUGUAUUUUCAUUAAAACUGGCAACAACCCCACUUAUUAAUUCACAAGAUAUGCACAUGUGCCACUUAUAGUUGCAGUUUGUGACCUUCAUGACACAUCAACAUUAUUUUGUAUUACAGAAAUAUACUUACGAGUAAGUAUAUAAUAUAGGUACAUACAAAUAAUAACUUUAAGUGUACCUACCUAUUUAUUGUUAUAGUUAUGUAAGUAGAAGAAAUCUAGUUUUGUCAAUGUAAAAGAUAACACUGAGGUGAUGCUUUAUUAAAAACUUCUAUUGGAUAAAUGCUCAGUUAUCACAAAGCACUACCUUACAAACAUAUAUAAAUGUACUACUAUUUAUUUGUCCUACAAGUAAGCCAGAAAUGCAUAAGCAUAUUGAAAGUUGCAAUUAGCCUAUUACAGAAAAUGUUAGAAUAUUGAAAACAAAAAUUCAUAUUUAUUUAUAGUAUUUUAAUGACAUAACUGUAUCUAACAUUUAGUCUAUUAACCACUGUUGCGAGCAAGGAGUGCAAUAUUGACUGGUCAAUUUUGCUUUAUUUUAAAUUAUUUAAAUUAAAUCUUAUUAAUCAAAAAAAGACACCAACAUGAAAUACAUUAUUUACAAAUUGUUACAUAAUAUUUAAAAUAAAUAUCAAUGGUUAGAAAGUAAAAACCACUAAGUAGUGACUUUGUUACAAAAUCAUAUGCAAACAAAAAUGUGCUUAUGCAGUACAAUAUACUGCUGAUUGACUCCAUUGUAUCUAGCAACCACCAACCUAUUCAUAGUGAAUAAAAUAAUUCAAAUGAA